AGAACUUGUCCUGUGUGUAGAUCAUUUGCAUCUGGGAGAUACCGCCAGAGAACAGUCAAUGGUCAAACAGUCAUCAUUUGGUUACAGGACUGUCCAAAGAUACACUCCUUUACUCCCGUCUCACCACUGAACAUGCAGAAUUCUAUGUUAAGGACACUCUGCAUUAAUGUAACUUUCAACUCUACUGCAUCAGGCUGAGCCCAUUUGAAUCAUGAGAAGGUCAAAGGACCCCCUGUGGAGGACCUUGUUUUUGCUACUGGUCAUUGGUUUCAUCUGGCUUCUGAGUCUUCCAUAUUUCAUCCUGAGCAAUGCUGAGCAAGGGGGCAUCAGUGUGGCCGGUCACAACACACUGAGACAGCACGGCAAAGUGUGGAUGGAAACAGGCAGGGCUGAAGAAAUAAUGAAGAGUAUUGUUACGUUUGUGGAUGAUCUCCUGAACAUCGUGGGAUCCUCUAACAACUUCUCUCCCAUGCCUCCAUUGAGGAACUACAAAGAAGAAUUACAGUCACUCCAGAUUAAAAUGGAGGCAGAAAAAGAGAAGGAAAAAAUGAGGGAUGAGAUGAUUAAGGAGCUGCGUUCCGAAAAACUCCAUCUCCAGCAACACGUGGCUCAGGUGGAGAAACUCCUAAAGCUACAGGCAGAGAAGGUCAAAUCUGUCUCUCCUCCACCUCCCUUGAAGAGCUACAAAGAAGAAUUUCUGUCACUCCAGAUUAAAAUGGAGGCAGAAAAAGAGAAGGGACAAAUGAGGGAUGAGACGAUUAAGGAGCUGCGCUCGGAUAAAAUACAGCUACAGCAGCAAGUGGCUCACUUGGAGGAACUCCUAAAGCUACAGGCAGAACAAGGCAAAACUGAAGAUCAGAUCAUAGAGGAUAAAAAUUGCCCACUGCCACCCAUGGAUGGAUACCCAGACUGUAUGAAGAAAUUGAAGUGGAUGAAGGACAUGUGGAGGACUGACCCUUGCUACAGCAGUCAUGGGGUGAAUGGAUCUCUGUGCUCCUUCCUCUUCUACCUCAGUGAGAUAGAGCCCUGGUGUCCUGUACUUCCAGGCCGAGUGAUUCCUGAAGAUGUAGUGGAAAAGGCAGAGCCUGACGAUGCAGUGGUACAGGAAAGUUUUAAAGAUCUGUACCCCCCUCUGGAAAACAGAGUCCAGUUUCGUUGGAUACGCCAAAGAAUUGGCAGUAUGGAGAAGAUUUGGGUUGAUGCUGGGCGCUCUCUUUCAGCCAAAUACAACCUCACAGAGAGAAAAGCCAAACAGAUUCUGGUUCAUCCUGGAGCAGUUACAGAUGAAUCACGUGCUAGAAUAGCAGAGGCUGCCUUCAGUGGUGGCCCCCUUGGGGAACUAGUCCAGUGGAGUGACCUCAUCUCCACACUUUACAUCCUGGGUCACCAUGUUCACCUUACUGCCUCCAUACCUGACCUCAAGCAUUUUUUUGGGAUUAAGACAGGUAGCUGCCCACCUCAUACUAAAAAAGUGGAAGCAGACCUGAUCUAUACCGACAUUAUCGGCCUUAGACAGAUUCAGGCACUGCUAAAUACAUCUUGGCUCAAAUACAGGUGCAAGUUUCGUGUGUUGGACACUUUCGGCACAGAGCCAGACUUCAAUCAUGCAGCUUGGGCCCAGAAGAACAACCUUAAGAGUCCAUUUGGCGGCCUGCACCUGAUCCCUAUGCAGUUCUACACCAUGUUCCCUCAUACACCAGACAACACAUUCCUGGGCUUUGUGGUGCAGCACCAGCUGACCUCUGAACAAACUGAGCAGUUAAAGUCUACCACAAGACAAAACCAGGCACUUGUGUACGGCAAGAGAGCCUCGUUUUGGAAGGGUAAAGAGGCUUAUCUGGACAUUAUCCACAAGCACUUAGAGAUCCAUGGGACGGUCGAUAACAGUGCUACUAUUCCAAAUUAUGUGAAAAACCACGGCAUUGUCAAAGGCACUGAGGUUCAGGCCUUGUUGAGGCAGAGCAAGGUUUUUGUCGGAUUGUCUUUCCCAUAUGAAGGCCCCGCCCCAUUGGAGGCCUUAGCCAAUGGCUGUGCUUUCCUGAACCCCAGGUUACACCCGCCACAGAGUAGCCUGAACACAGAGUUCUUCAAGGGAAAGCCCAACAUAAGAGAGGUGACAUCCCAGCAUCCGUAUGCAGAAGCCAUAGGAGAGCCUUAUGUUUGGAUGGUAGAUAUGCACAACUCCACAGAUGUGGAGAGAGCUCUCACUGCCGUCCUUAAUCAGACUAUUGAGCCCUACCUUCCCUAUGAGUUUUCCUGUGAAGGGAUGCUCCAGAGGGUCAACAUCCUGAUUGAGAAGCAGGACUUCUGCAAUAGUACAGGGAGCUGGCCUCCACUGAGCGCACUCCAGGCUGUGAAGGCGGAAGCGAACAAAUCCUGCAAACAGGAAUGCCAGAAGGCAGGGCUGAUCUGUGAACCUGCAUUUUUUCCAUACCUUAACAAUGCUGAGAAUCUUGCAAACUACAGUGUAGACUGUCAAACAUCAGAGUUUUCUGACAGUCACUUGGUGUUCCCAGCCUACAACAGCAGCAGAAAGCACUGUCUGUUCCAGUCUGACCCCCUGCUCUUCAGCUGUGUGAGAUCAGACCAAUCUUUGAUUCGCAUCUGCCCCUGUAGAGACUACAUCAAGGACCAGAUAGCCUUAUGCAAGGCAUGUGUCUAGCAGCUGGAUAGAAAACAAAACCCUAUGUACAUACAGGUUAACAAAAACCCAAUAAACAUAUUUAUGAUGAUUU